AUGCAUUACAAUAUCGAUGAGGAGGAUUAUGUCUUUGAAGCUCAGCCUAUUUUCUUUAAUAGUUAUACUAAAAUUUACAAUUGCACUAAAGGAAAACAUUUUGUAAAAUCUCUUUAUGCAAAAGUAUUUUUUAAUAUAUAAUUGUGAGUUUUCUUCUUCGAACGAACACGAAAUAGACUACAAGAAAAUAUACUAAAUCACUCAAAAGAGUAAUAAUCAAAAUCUUGUUCCAAUUUACCAUAUUGAUUACGAUUUUUCUAAAAAAUAGUAUUUCAUAAUUAUGGAAAAAUGUUAAGAGAACUUGGAAUAACAAUGUCAGGAGUUCAAUGAGAUGCAGAUAAAAGAUUUUUUAAUUGAUUUUAUCAAAGGGUACAAAUGUUUGCAUGGUUCGAACUUGUUCCAUGGAAAAAUAAAUGCAAACAAUAUCUUUAUAAUUAAAUCUUAGAAUAAAUAUUAAUACAAGAUAGGAGAUAUCGUGUCAUAUGCCACUUCAAAUAAUACAAAUAUUGGGUAUAUAGCCCCUGAGAUUUUUCCAAGUUCUCCAGAGGAUGAGCUUUACCUUAAAAUUUAGAGUAAUCAAAACUAAGUGGCUUCUGAUAUUUAUUCUGUAAUUGAUAUUUUUAUAAAAGCUUGGAAUGGUACUAAUCAGAUUGAUAAAUGGAAAACUGCCCUUUGAAUGCACUCGUGAUUAAGUGAAUUUUUUUCAUUACCUUAUCAAAUCCGAACAAUACAAAAUUAAUAAAAAUCCAUUUAACUCUUAAUAAAAACCUAUCAGUGAAGAACUUCUCAAUCUUGUUUAAAGAAUGAUUAAAUACAAUCCUGAAGAUAGAUUAUCACUUGAGGAUUUAUAUAAAUAUUAGGCAAAACUCCUUAAACAAAAAUUGUCAUAAACGAUAAAUUAUCCUUCUUCUUAGAUUCAUUUUUUUUCAACAAUAAAACCAUCUAUAACUACUAGUGCUAUUUAAUUUAAAAAAUCCAAAUCAAUGAUUUAACCAAUUCAAAGACGACCUUUAAUUUGUUUUAAAAAUUUAACCUAAGCAAAAAUACGCCCAGAAUAUGCCAGCAUCAAUCCCGAAACAUAAAGAAUGAAAGCAAUAAAGAGAACUAGUGUCGAAUAAGUAGUAAAGGAAUUCAUAGAUAGACAUUGGACUGCAUUGAAGAAUGGCUUUUAGGUUGAUAAAGAAUACGCAGCUUCUCAAAUUUAUGCUGAUAAUAGGGAGUUUAUGCUAAUGUUAUUAAACUCAUACAAUAAUAUAUACUUUGAAAUAGAUGAACAAGAAAUACUUUUCAUUUAUUGUUUACUUGCAAAAGUUUAAGGAUAUAGAGAAAUUGUUAAAAAAACAACUUCUGAUUACAAAGCAGAAUUGUUAGAUGUUUGA